GGUUUUUUGACAGUGUGUUCUCUAACCUAAAAAACUGCGUAUCUUGCGGCGGAUUUUCUGUGUGGUUUUUCGAGGAAAAUUAGUUAAAACAUGGGCAAAAGAGGAAAAUUGAAGAAGAACAACACCAAUCCUUUCGCGCAGAAGAAGAGAGAUCGUCGGAAUAAUGGGGGCGAGAGUGGACAGCGACCCGAUCGGCGGUCUGAGCCUUACGAGGAGAUCAAGAGAGAGAAUGAGUCCUUCUUCAAGUACUACAAGCAACAGGGAAUCGUGCCGGAGAGCGAGUGGGAGACUUUCGUGCAGACACUGCAGUCGAAUCUGCCCACGGCUUUUCGCGUGACCGGCUGUCGCGGGGAAUCGGAGACGCUGCUGGACAUCAUCAAGAGCGAGUACUUCACGGAACUGUUCAAGCAGGCGCAGGAGGGUGAGAUGGCUGUGCAGAAGCCUUUCCCACUGCCUUGGUACCCGGGCGAGCUGGCGUGGCAGCUGCAGCUUUCGCGCAAGGACAUCAGACGCUCUGAAGUAUUCUACAAGCUGCACAACUUCCUGAUUGCCGAGACGGCUGCCGGUAGCAUCAGUCGUCAGGAGACGGUGUCUAUGAUUCCGCCCAUUGUGCUGGACGUGAAGCCCCAUCACAGAGUGCUGGACAUGUGCGCGGCACCGGGCUCGAAGACGGCGCAACUGAUUGAAGCGCUGCACGCGGAGAUGGAGGAGACGAAGACGCUGCCCACGGGACUGGUGAUUGCCAAUGACAUCGACAACAGUCGCUGCUACAUGCUGGUGCACCAGGCGAAGCGCCUCAACUCACCGUGCUUCCUUGUCACGAACGAGGACAGCGAGCGCUUCCCGGACUUGCAGUGCACGAACCGGGAGACGGGAAAGAUGGAAAACAUGCAAUUCGACAGGAUUCUCUGCGACGUGCCGUGCAGUGGCGACGCCACGCUGCGCAAGAAUCCGGACAUCUGGACAAAGUGGAAUCCCGCGCACGGCACAAAUCUCAAUGGGGUGCAGUUCAGGAUAGCCAAGAGAGGCGCUGAGUUGCUGACGAUUGGCGGGCGUCUGGUGUACUCCACGUGCUCCUUCAAUCCCGUGGAGAACGAGGCGGUGAUUGUGCGUCUGCUGAAGGAGUCCGAGGGCGCUCUGGAGCUGAUUGACGCCUCAAAUCUCGUGCCAGGACUGAAGUUCACGCCUGGAAUGCGAAAGUGGGAAUUGGCGGCGAAGGACAUGAGUUUCUAUGCAGAUUUCCAGGCAGUUCCCGAGCAGUAUCACACAAUCCUGCGGCCGCAGAUGUUCCCGCCUGAGGAUGUUGAGAAGUACAAUCUGGAGCGCUGCAUGCGCAUCUUGCCGCAUCAGCAGGACACGGGAGGAUUCUUCGUGGCGGUGCUGGUAAAGACUAGAGCCAUGCCGUGGGCGGUGGAGGAGGAAAAGAGAGGCUCUCCGGCGGUGCCGCAGCGCAAAAAGCGCCGUCUCGGCGGAUACAAAGAGGAGCCCUUUGUCUUCUUCCACGGCGACGAGGACAUCUUCGCCUCCAUCAAGUCCUUCUAUACACUGCGCGAGGAUUUCCAGCCCACAUGUCUGCUAACGCGCUGCCACACGGGCAAGAAGAAGAACAUCUACUUCAGCUCUGAGUCCAUUAGAGACAUUGUGCAGCUCAGCGGCGAUCGCGUGAAGAUCAUCAACACGGGCGUGAAGGUGUUCGUGCGCUGCGACAACAAGAACAUGUCGUGCGCCUUCAGGCUUGCUCAGGAAGGCUUGCCCAGCGUGAAUGAGUUUGUGGGCAGCGACAGGAGAGUGCUGCUGGAGAGGAGUGAUCUCGUGAUGCUGCUGCAGAACACGGACCCGACGAAACCGCCCAAGUUGGAGGAUUUGACGGCGGCGAGCCAGGAGAGGAUUGCCGCCGUGACGCCGGGCAGCUGUGUGCUGGAGUAUCGCGAGCAGAAGCUGCAGAUCACGCUCGUGGGCUGGCGAGGAACCACGAGCCUGCGCGCGUACGUCGACCAGAGCGAAACUGUGCACAUGUUGCGACUUCUGCGUGCGGAUUUGUCGCAGUACGAGGUGAACAAGUUCCGGAAGCCCGCUGAGGAGGAGCAGAAGGACGAUGAGAAGGACCAGAACGGCGCCAAAAUGGGGUCCGAAGGCGACACAGACUUGCGCUGUUCAGCAGAAUUAGACACGACUGAGGUGACAGUGAAGAUCCCAUGAAAAAAAGGAUGGAAAUUGGCGGAAACGCUUUGCAACCGACAAAGUGUCGAUGCAAUGCUUUUCCUUGUAAUUUUCCGUUCAUAGGAAAUUCUCAGAGCAAAUUCAAAAUACCGCGGUUUUCGACGCCAAAGCCUCUGGCGGAAUUUUGAGAAAAUUGAUGGAAUUAAGGAUGGAAUUAUCUAGCGAAAAAUCCACAAAAUGUCUAUGAAUGUUUGGAUUAAUCUUUGUUUUUUUUUUGUAGAAAUCCAAUUUAUCGAAUAAGAAAUUUGAUAUUUCAUACUUUAAUAAAUUGUUUUAUUAA